GCUAAAUGAAAGUUAAAUUUAUUUUUACUUUACGUAUUCAGUUUCAGCGAAAUGGAAAGAAAAUCAACCAGUUAUUCCAACGACAUUCCAUCGCCAGUUUUAUUAAGAAGACGUCUAAGUGCACCGGAAACAAUAAUGAGAAAGCAUGUGCUCGCACAGCAGCGGUCGGACGAUAUCACGCAAAACGAUACAAGAAAUAGCCAAUGGAGGAUGGAGAAUGCCGCUGAAAGCGACCCAAACUUGAACAAAAAACGGGAUUCGGGCCUAAUGAGAAAGUCGACUUUGCUGAGGAGAUUGUGGAGCAACAGCAAACCUCUAUCGGGUGCGCGUUUUUCCGGCUCCUUUUACGAAUGGCAACACUCGUUCGGUAAAAUGUCGUCGAGCAACUCUUUGACAACAUCGAAUCAUUCAUCGCCCGAGCACAAAUCGCAAAGCAGGAGAUCAUCGCCGCAGCACUUCCAAAGAAAAUUAUCGCCAAGCCCUAGUAAAAUGAUGUCACCAAAAAGAAAGGUGUCUGUAUACAAUGGAAAUUAUGAGUAUACUUCGUAUAGCAGUAACUCUGCAACAGAUAACUCAAACAUAUCGAGCUCACUGGACAAUAGAACGAGUAGAACGAUCACACCAAAAACUGAAUCGGAGAAUUACAGUACAAGAAGUACGACGACUAGUUAUACAACUUUUUCGGAAAAUUCCGACUCUGCAAUCACUAAUUCGCACUACUCCAACAACAACUCCACCACAUCUUCAGAGAUAACAAAGCAGUUUAUCGAGGAAUCAGACAACAGUAACCAAGAAGCCAACCAAACUACUACCACCAAAGAGACAGCGAAAAAUAUAAACUCGUCACCAAAAAGUGAAUCUGGCACACAAACUUCCGACCUGACGAACUUAAACGUAAUCUCAAACGUGCAAUUAAGCCAAUCGACCCUGGACUUAAUAUUCCAACAAGUAAUUCAGGAUGUGAAUAAAACCUCCCCCCAUGUAGACACAACCCCUGUAAGUGACGUUAAAAAAGUGAUCCAAGUGCAAGAAAUACCUAGUUUCUACUUAAAGCGAAAAGAAGACAUAACUGUGGAUGACCAGCAACAUCAACGCAUAGUUAAAUACAUGAUAAGCAAUAUUGGGACAGGGAGUCCUUACAGUAAACCGGCUGAAGUGCCCCAAGUUGUAGUACCAAGAUUUUCAGCUCAACCAAGAUCGUCUUCUAUGGAAGUUAACACCUCUUCUGGCGAAUCGGAUGACAAGGAGUCCGAUACUGUAAGUCUUGUGGAUAGUUUGGAGGACCCACAUUCACCCAGAGUGAAUAAUAUAUCACCAAUGCUUCCAGAUAAUAGUAACAAAAUAAGGAAAUUGCCUAAACCAUCAACGUUUUUCAUACCGAUGGAGUCCAACCAAGUGGAAUUAAAAGCAGUAUCGGACUUACUUCCAGAUAAAGUGAGAGAAAAAUUGAACAAAAGGCAGCAAAAAUUGCACGAAAAAAGUAAAUUGAGCUCGCCGAGAUCAGACAGCAACUAUAUAAGUGCUAGUGAUAAUCAGCUUCACUUUGUAGCUCACGAUAGUUCUGAUUUGAAUGUUAAAAGUACACCGGUACUGCCUCAAGUCAACUAUAAGAAAAAACGUAACAAGCCGCUUCUACCAAGUAUAGAAAGUAUAAGAAAAACAAAAAUUGAUAAACGCGAAAAAGACCCAAAAUUAAAAGUUAAACGCAAGUCAAUACCAAAAGAGGACUUACAACAAAGUAAAUCCAAGAAUUGGAUGCCGAAACCAAGGAAUAAAAUGAAUGAAAAACUAACCCCUAUAUACACAAGCAAAAACGAAUAUGUCUACAAUGCAGAACCUAGAAGAAUAUACCAUAAAACAGAAUUCAGCAAUAACAAUAAACGGAUAGAAAUCCUUGAAAUAAUGGAGUGCGUGGAAACACCAGAAAAAAAUCAUAUAUUUAAAGGAAAAUCCAAAAUACCUGUACUGGUUAACCAAAAAUUGCCCAAGAUAAACGAUGGAUCUCACAAACCAAGCUUUUUGGACUUUGAUCAAGUCGAAGCUAGCGAUCCAAAAUUAGACCAAUUAAUAGCAAAUAUUCUUAUAGACACCCUAAACAACUCAGCCGAAUCGCCGAAAAACAAAAACGAAAGAAAAUCAUCUGGUUCGCCAACCAAAUACAACAACGCAAAGUACCAGCAAAAAUUCGACGUAAUCCCCGAAGAACUGCAAUCUUUGGAAGACAACCUUCUUCGUACGGACAUAAGGAAUAACAAUAACACCGAAAAUAACUACGAAGCAACUAACAGCGAAACAGAUAAUCCCACUUAUAAAGGUAAAGCUGCAGUUGCAGUGGUUAGAGACGAAAAUUUUUCCACAAUACCAAAGGGCUGGAUUACAUUCUAUAUGCUUCACAAGAAUCAGGGCACUCCUGACAGCACGUCCGAUGAAGGUAUUAAUCUUUCAACAUAUCAAACUUAAUAUUGCACUUACAAUUAGUCUAAAUAACAGCACCUAGCCUACAUCCCGUUUAUUUUGUAUUUAGACGAUUUUAUUUAGGAAAGAAUAAAUUUGAUCAGAAUGAUUUAAAAGAAAUAGAUAAAAGAAUCUCUUCCGAUAAAGAUAAAAUUGCUAAAAAAGACGAAAGUCUUAAGGGAUCUUUUUCAAGUAGUGAGGACUUAAGCCAAUUGCUUCCUAUGUCUGGGAAACCAAAAAGAAACAGCUCAAACCAAGCAAAAACUUAUAACGUCAAUAAUGACAAAGGUAAACGUAGAAAUAAAAAAUGCACACCAAUAAUAUUAAUUGUAAUUUUAAGGAGAAUGGUCCGUAACUGUUAGCGGGACUAACAGCUAUGGACAGAUGGCUCCAGAACUGGAAAUGAGGCUCAAAUUCCCCAAAAAUGAUUCUGGACUGAACAAAGAAAAACCUACUGGAUCUUAUCAAAGAUGGCUUCCUGAAAUUCCGAAAAAUAAGCUCACCAAAAAAACACCGGACCAGAUUCCUUUUAUAAUCGAACCGAGGCAAAACAAAACAAGCACGAGACGUUACCAACUUACAAGACCAAAAAUCCCGAACAGAUGUCACGAUAUACUGCCACAAGGCAGUAUUUUCAAUGAAAGGUAAAAUUUUGGAAAAAAGUGUUUUCGUGCAAAUGAAUAAGUUUGUUUUAAGGGAGUACGCGGACUUUUUAAGGCAUUUUCCCGAUAUUUUAACAGUGCAUGGAAGAACUAUAAGCCCCGAUAGAUCCAGAGUACCAAGUUUGAGUGAAAGGGAUUUAAUUAGGCAUUUUUAUACUACCCCUCGCUAAUUUUUAAUUUUCUAUGUAUAUAUUGUAUAUGAGAAAAUAAAG